UCCUCCCUGUCAGAGGCUGGACGCCGCUAUCUUUAGCACUAGUGCCGGGGAUUAACGAGUAUUUGCAGAGCGCGAGUCGACUGAGUCACAUCCUUCUACCUGAGACGGGGCUGUAGCUGUAUUUUCAGCGACCGCCGUGUUCGCCGGCGUCUUCGGAUCUAAAGGAUAGCAAAGGAUGGGGGAAUGACAUAUCACAUGUCGUCUAAUCUGGUUCUCCGUUGUUAAGAAGCUUCGAAGGAUGCUGCUGUCCGGCAGCGCGUGGAGCGGGUACGGGGUUCUGCUGUGUAUGUGCGCGUGCUGGCUCCUGUUCGGCGGCGUCUCCACGAGCGUUCCAGUGAAAAGUCGAUGCCAUCAUCUGGUGUGUGCCGAAAAGGGGCGGCACUUCUGCAAGGCUGGCUCCUCCCACUGCGGCUCCUGCCUGUCCCCAUUGGUGGAGAACAAGGAGGGACUCUGUGUGGCCAAACCAAAGCACCACCGUCAUGGUACAGAGACGGUCCCUGAACUGGACCAGGAGAUCGACUUCCUGCACUCUGUUAUCGAGGAGAAGGAGGUGUCUGUUACCCAACCAAAACGACCCAAAGUGCAAGUGAACACCUCUUCCCGCUCUGAUACGAGGAUCUUCUUUGACGCGGUCGUACCGGACCGACCGGCCGCAGCCUCGCCCAACACCACCGCCCCGACCGGUUCCCCCCCGCCUCGGGACCCCAAGGGCCCCACCACUCCGGCACCUCAACCAAGGGCCACGGCCCUGGACGGCCGGGCUGGCCCCAGGGUGGCCCCGGUCUCCGCCCCCCUCAACGACAUCCUGGUCCUCGCUCUGAUCAGCCUGUUCGUGGCGUUUGGCAUCGUGUUUCUGAUCGUCGCAGGGGUCUGUUUCUUCAGGUUGCGGAGGGAAUCGCGCUUGGCCAAGAAAGCAGACUAUCCUGGGUUCAAAGGACCAGGCACGGUUAAUGGAACAUCGCAUGGUGAUGCAAAUCUCCAAAUGAGUGCUCAGAUGUAUCACUACCAGCACCAGAAACAGCAGAUGAUGUCCAUGGGAAAACACCAAGAGAGACACACAGAGCAGAAGGUCCCCGACUCUGAGAUGACGUCAGACGAGGAAGAGAUCGGAGGAGACUUCACCGUGUACGAGUGUCCCGGACUAGCACCGACAGGAGAGAUGGAGGUGAAGAAUCCACUGUUUGAUGACUCACCGCUACAGUACCAGGGACAUCAAAAGUGAAGACACACAAACACACACUAACGAACACAGUCUCUGACAAACACACACACACACACACACACACACACACACACACACACACACACACACACACACACACACACACACACACACACACACACACACACACAC